AUCCGCGGCGCUGCGCGUUGCUGCGUUGCUGCGCUGCGCACGUUGCGCGGCGAACACAGGGCGCCAUAACCUCCCAAUCUCAGCUGGAGCGAGCAUCGCAUCGCGCACCGCGCCGCUAGCCGAGCCGACCUGCUGCAGCGAGGCAGACCAGGCCGACGAGUCCCGGCCAGGACCUCAACUCGUUCGGGUCGUCGGGCCAUGCAGGGCACGCUCUGACACAGACGCCUGUCUACUCUGUCAGGCCAGUCGUCCGGGGUUCGCUUCGGACUCCACAAGACCCCAGCCAGCUUCGCCUGCCUCGCCGACAGGCUCCCCGGCGCGCGCGUGCUGCACCAGGCCCAGGAUGUGCUUGACGGCGGCCGAACACCAGCCCUGCGCCCUGGUGCUGGAGGAUGGCACCGUCCUGCAGGGACGCUCCUUCGGGGCGCCGGUGUCCACGCACGGCGAAGUCGUGUUCCAGACUGGUAUGGUAGGAUACCCGGAGUCACUGACGGAUCCUUCGUACCACGCCCAGAUCCUGGUUCUGACCUACCCACUCAUUGGAAACUAUGGUGUGCCCAAUGAGGAGCUUGAUAAACAUGGACUUCCACGUCACUUUGAAUCUCGGCGAAUCUGGGCCUCCGGCUUGGUGGUCGGGGAGAUUUGCGAGACCCCGAGUCACUGGGAGAUGGCGCGGACCCUCUCGCAGUGGCUGGGGACUCACGGCAUCCCGGGCAUUUGCGGCAUCGACACGCGAGCCUUGACGCAGCGCCUUCGCGAGCGAGGCUCCAUCCUGGGCCACAUCGUCAUGGGCCUGAACCCUGCCAUCCAGUCGCUCUCCUUCAUGGACCCCAACACUCGCAAUUUGGUUGCUGAAGUCUCUAUCAAGGCCCCUGUUACCUACAAUCCUACUGGCUCCCCUCGUAUUUGUGCCGUGGACUGUGGUCUAAAAUACAACCAGCUUCGUUGCUUUCUGAAGCGUGGUGCUCGAGUUGACAUGGUUCCCUGGAAUCACCCUCUGGACCCUUCUCAGUUCGAUGGCCUCUUCCUCAGCAACGGACCUGGUGAUCCAGCCAUGUGCUCUGUGACUGUGGAAAAUAUCAAGAAACUGCUUGCCGCCAAGCCUGAGUCACCUCAAUUAAAACCGAUAUUCGGUAUCUGUCUCGGACACCAGCUGCUGUCCACAGCAGCAGGAUGCCGCACAUACAAAAUGAAGUAUGGCAACCGUGGACACAACCAACCUGUUACCCACCAUGGAACAGACCGCUGUUAUAUGACAUCUCAAAAUCAUGGGUUUGCUGUCGAUGCUCAAAACCUGCCAUCUGGCUGGAAGGCACUCUUUACCAACACCAAUGACAAAUCAAAUGAAGGCAUUGUUCACGAUUCUCUGCCAUUUUUCAGUGUUCAAUUUCAUCCAGAACACACACCUGGUCCUGAAGAUUUAGAAUGCUUGUUUGAUGUUUUCUUGGAUGAAGUGAAAGCACAUGCAGCAAGUUGGGGCCGUGGUUCCGGUGUGAAGAUGGCUAAUAGAAUUAAUGAUCUUCUAGUUUACCGUCCUAGCCCAGGUGUUGUUCCUCCAUCUCCAGAUAAGCCACCAAAGAAGGUUCUUAUUCUGGGAUCAGGUGGGCUGUCAAUUGGACAAGCUGGUGAAUUUGAUUAUUCUGGUUCACAAGCUCUGAAGGCUUUGAGAGAGCAGAAUAUUCAGACUGUUCUUAUCAAUCCUAACAUUGCCACUGUGCAGACAUCUAAAGGAUUGGCAGACAAAGUUCAUUUUCUGCCCCUCAUACCAGAAUAUGUAGAGCAGGUGAUUUGCCAUGAACGCCCUGAUGGUGUUCUCCUUACAUUUGGUGGCCAGACUGCCCUGAACUGUGGUGUAAAACUUUACGAAGCUGGUGUAUUUGAGAAAUACAAUGUCAAGAUUUUGGGCACACCAAUUCAAGCAAUUAUUGACACUGAAGAUCGCAAGGUGUUUGCUGAGCGAGUAAAUGAAAUUGGUGAGAAGGUUGCACCAAGCUGUGCUGUUAAUUCUGUUCAAGAAGCACUUGAUGCUGCAGAAAAACUAGGGUAUCCGGUUCUUGCGAGAGCAGCUUUCUCUUUGGGAGGCUUGGGAUCAGGCUUCGCAAACACUGCAGAGGAACUGCGAGUUCUGGCCACUGCAGCAUUGGCACAUUCCAGCCAGUUGAUUGUUGACAAGUCUCUGAAAGGAUGGAAGGAAGUGGAAUAUGAAGUUGUCAGGGACACCUAUGACAACUGUAUCACUGUUUGUAAUAUGGAGAAUGUAGACCCUCUUGGUAUCCACACAGGAGAGUCCAUAGUCGUUGCUCCCAGCCAGACACUUAGCAAUUACGAGUAUAAUAAACUCAGAAGCACAGCCCUUAAGGUGAUUCGCCACUUGGGCAUUGUUGGUGAAUGUAACAUCCAGUAUGCUGUCAGUCCCACAUCAAAUGAGUACUACAUCAUUGAAGUCAAUGCUCGACUGUCUCGCAGCUCUGCUCUUGCAAGUAAAGCAACUGGAUAUCCAUUGGCUUAUGUUGCUGCUAAAUUGUCUUUGGGGUUGAGGCUGCCUGACAUCCGAAACUCUGUCACUGGCUCAACUACUGCCUGUUUUGAACCAAGUCUUGAUUACUGUGUUGUGAAGAUUCCCCGCUGGGAUUUGGCUAAAUUUGCAAGAGUUUGCUCCAAGAUUGGUAGUUCUAUGAAGAGUGUUGGAGAAGUAAUGUCCAUAGGGCGUUGCUUUGAAGAAGCAUUCCAGAAAGCUCUGCGCAUGGUGGAUGAGAGUGUUAAGGGUUUUGACCCCUCAGUUCGUGCAGUUUGUGAUGCUGAACUUGAAGGGCCAACAGACAAGCGCACCUUUGUUGUGGCUGCUGCAUUACAAGCAGGCUACACCAUUGAUAGACUUUAUGAGCUCACAAAAAUUGAUCGCUUCUUCCUCCAUAAAAUGAAGAACUUAAUUGAGUACCAGUCUGUCCUGGAGUCCUUAGGCCAAGGCAUGCUUUCAAGAGAACUUCUUGUUCAGGCUAAACAGCUUGGUUUCUGUGAUACUCAAAUAGCGUCGUUUGUAAAGAGCACCGAAAUUGCCGUCAGGAAACUGCGAGAAGAAUAUAAGGUUUUCCCCUUUGUGAAGCAGAUUGAUACCGUCGCAGCAGAAUGGCCAGCAGUUACAAAUUAUCUCUAUCUGACUUACAAUGGUUCUACUCACGACAUUGCUUUCUCUGGCGGUGCCACCAUGGUCAUCGGCUCUGGAGUGUACCGCAUUGGAAGCUCUGUGGAGUUUGAUUGGUGUGCUGUGGGUUGCUUGAGGGAACUGAGGCGUUUGGGAAGAAAGACUAUUAUGGUCAACUACAAUCCAGAGACUGUCAGCACAGAUUAUGACAUGGUGGACAGGCUGUACUUUGAAGAGAUAUCUUUUGAAGUUGUGAUGGACAUCUAUAACGCAGAGAAUCCAGAGGGUAUCAUAUUGUCCAUGGGAGGGCAACUGCCCAACAAUAUUGCUAUGGACUUGCACAGGCAACAAGCCCGGAUCUUGGGCACCUCUCCUGACUCCGUGGACGGAGCUGAAAACCGGUUCAAGUUUUCUCGUAUGUUGGAUCGUAUUGGAAUCAGCCAGCCCAGAUGGAAGGAGCUGACGAACUUGGAGUCUGCCAGGGCUUUCUGUGAGGAGGUUGGCUUCCCAUGUUUGGUUCGUCCCUCUUACGUGUUGAGUGGAGCGGCCAUGAAUGUGGCUCAUACGCCUCAUGACUUAGAAACUUACCUCAACACUGCCAGCUAUGUCAGUAAAGAACAUCCUGUUGUUAUUUCAAAAUUCAUUUUGGAGGCAAAGGAAAUUGAUGUUGAUGCCGUUGCUUGUGAUGGUGCAGUCCUUUGCAUGGCCGUCAGUGAGCAUGUGGAAAAUGCUGGUGUCCACUCUGGGGACGCAACACUCAUCACCCCUCCCCAGGAUAUUAAUGAGCAGACUUUGUCAAAAAUCACUGCGAUUGCCAAGGCGGUUGCAGGGUCUCUGGAAGUCACUGGCCCAUUCAACAUGCAGCUGAUUGCCAAGGACAAUGACAUCAAAGUGAUAGAAUGCAAUGUAAGAGUGUCCAGGUCUUUCCCAUUUGUUUCCAAGACUCUGGACCAUGACUUUGUGGCAAUGGCCACCAGGGUCAUAGUGGGGGAGAAAGUAGAGCCUGUCAAUGUAAUGGCAGGUUGUGGAAAAGUGGGCUGCAAAGUGCCCCAGUUUUCAUUCUCACGUCUUGCAGGUGCUGAUGUGAUGUUGGGAGUGGAGAUGGCUUCUACAGGUGAAGUUGCCUGUUUUGGAGACAACAGAUAUGAGGCUUACUUAAAGGCAAUGAUGAGCACUGGAUUCACCAUUCCUAAGAAAUCAAUCCUUCUCUCCAUUGGCAGUUUCAAGCACAAAGUUGAACUUCUGCCCAGUAUGCAAGCCUUGAGCAAGAUGGGCUACAAACUAUAUGCUAGCAUGGGUACUGCUGACUACUACACCGAGCAUGGAGUUGAUGUGGAGCCCGUGCAGUGGACGUUCGAGAACUUGGACUCGGCCGAGGGCAACGGGAACGGCAACGGCAACGGGGACCGCGGCGAGCUGAAGCACCUGGCCGACUUCCUGGCCAACAAGCAGUUCGAGCUGGUGAUCAACCUGCCCAUGCGCAAUGGCGGCGCGCGCCGCGUGUCCUCGUUCGUGACGCACGGCUACCGCACACGCCGCCUCGCCGUGGACUACUCCGUGCCCCUCGUCACGGACGUCAAGUGCGCCAAGCUGCUCGUCGAGGCCAUGCUGAAGAUCGGCAACGCCCCGCCCAUGAAGAUGCACACGGACUGCGUGUCGUCCAGCAGGAUGGUGCGCCUGCCCGGCCUCAUCGACGUGCACGUCCACGUGCGCGAGCCUGGAGCCACGCACAAGGAGGACUACGCCAGCUGCACAUCGGCUGCUCUUGCCGGUGGUGUCACGCUCAUUUGCGCCAUGCCCAACACCCAGCCAGCCAUCACCGAUGCCACCGCAUUCCAACUUGUGAAAGAGUUGGCAGCGGCAAAGGCCAAGUGUGAUUAUGCUUUGUUCGUUGGAGCUUCAUCUGAGAAUUUCAAUAAUAUUCGGGAGCUGGCUCCUCAGGCUGCAGGUCUGAAGAUGUACUUGAAUGAAACAUUCACAACUCUUCGACUGAAGGACCUCACCAUCUGGAGGAAGCACUUGGAUGCUUGGCCCACAAAGUACCCUCUUUGUGUACAUGCUGAGUGCCAGACAACCGCAGCUAUUCUCUUAUUGGCUUUUUUCCAUAAUCGCCCCAUUCAUGUUUGUCAUGUUGCUCGCAAAGAGGAAAUUCAGAUCAUUCGUGCUGCCAAGGAAAAGGGUUUGCCUGUUACUUGUGAAGUGAGCCCCCAUCACUUGUUUUUAACGGAGAACGAUGUCAAACAUUUGGGAGAGAAGAAGAGCCGCGUGAAGCCAAAUCUGGUGACUGAGGAAGACCAACGGGCUUUGUGGGAAAACAUGGACAUUAUUGAUUGUUUUGCUACUGAUCAUGCACCUCAUACCAUUGAAGAGAAAGAUUCGGACAACGCACCACCUGGUUUCCCCGGACUUGAAACUAUGCUGCCUCUGCUGCUGACUGCUGUUCAUGAGGGCAGGCUGACCAUGGAGGAUAUCAAAGACAAGUUGUGCCGCAAUCCUCGGCGAAUUUUCAACCUCCCUGAACAGCCAAAUACCUAUGUCGAGGUGAACAUGGACACAGAAUGGACCAUUCCAGAAGCACUAUCUUUCAGCAAAGCUCGCUGGACUCCGUUUGCUGGACGGAAAGUUCGUGGCUGUGUACAACGGGUAGUUCUUCGUGGGGAAGUUGCUUAUGUGGAUGGUCAAGUGCUUGUUCCUCCUGGCUUUGGUCAAGAUGUCCGAGAACAGCAGCUCAAAAAGCAACCCCUUCUCAGUGCCUUAGCAUCCAGCAUCUCCCCCUCGCCUGCAGCCACCAACCACUAUGGCGAGCUCAAUGGAAGUCGACCAUCCUCUGCCUUGGACUUCGAACGAAGCCAUGCUGUCAGGGAGAUGGAUGAAUCUCACAGGCAUGAGAAUGGAUGGGAUGACUCUCACGACAGGAUCCAUCACUUGGCUGCCCCGGAUGCACAGUCGAUUCAACGUUGCACUUCACCACUGACAACCUCUCAAAACCGGUACAAGAGUGACUCAACCCUGUACCCAGGGCCUGGAGUAGCUCACCACAGUUUAAGCGGGGCACAUGUUCUUAGUGUGAGCAUGUUCUCCAAGGAUCAUCUGAAUGAGAUAUUCAACUUGGCUCAGACAAUGAGAGCUUUUGUUUUGAAAGAACGUAAUCUUGAUCAUAUUCUCAAGGGAAAAGUUAUGGCAUCCAUAUUCUACGAAGUUUCCACUCGCACAAGUUGCAGUUUUGCAGCUGCCAUGCAUCGUCUUGGUGGACAAGUAAUAUACAUGGAUGAAACAUCAUCUUCAGUUAAGAAGGGUGAAACUCUUGAAGACUCUGUGGCGGUAAUGGCAGGUUACUCAGAUGUUGUUGUCAUGAGGCACCCAGAACCAGGAGCAGUUUCUAGAGCUUCAGCUCACUGCCGGAAGCCACUGAUCAACGCUGGGGAUGGUGUUGGAGAACAUCCUUCCCAAGCACUUCUUGAUGUAUUCACAAUCAGAGAGGAGAUUGGUACUGUCAAUGGACUUACCAUCACAAUGGUUGGAGACCUGCGUCACGGAAGAACUGUUCACUCUCUUGCACGCUUACUCACUUUGUACAAUAUCCAGUUGCGUUAUGUUGCGCCAUCAGGACUGGGCAUGCCUCAGCAUAUUGUUGACUUUGUAACGAGCAAGGGUAUUAGUCAAGAAAAUUAUUCAUCAUUAGAAGAGGCACUUCCUGAGACCGAUGUGCUGUAUGUAACAAGGAUUCAAAAGGAACGCUUUUCAUCACAGGAUGAAUAUGAAAAGGUUAAAGGAUGCUAUGUUGUAACACCCAAGCUCAUGACACGGGCCAAGCGUAAAAUGAUUGUCAUGCACCCCUUACCUCGAGUUGAUGAGAUUAGUGCUGAUCUGGAUUCUGACCCAAGAGCUGCGUACUUCCGACAAGCUGAGGGAGGCAUGUAUGUACGUAUGGCACUACUUGCCAUGGUCCUUGGCAGGUGCUAAAACUAUUCCUAACAGGCUGUUCACUGCAUUCCUCAUCUUGAUAAUCAGAUCAUCUUGCUUCCAUUUCAUUUAUGGUGUUUUGUAAAUUAGUAUCCGUCCCCAUUACUUGUGCCAUACAUUCCAAUUUGCUUGUUUAUUGAAAUCAACUGACAACUUUUUGUACUUCAAUUUUAAUGAAAUGUUAAUUUGAUAAUUUUUUAUAUGGAAACUGAUUUGGAGUUUUGUUUUGGAAACUUAAUUUUUAUUGGUCUCAUGAAUCAUG